AUGGUAGACCCAACAGAGCACCCCGUCCUCUCCGCGCUUUCAAUCAUACUCAUUUUGGUCAUCGUCCGCUCCUUGUACCUCUCCGCACAAUCUUACCAGCUUGCAAAGUCCCUGGGAUGCGAACCAGGCGUCUACGGUCGAUCAGGCCCCUUUGGCUUGGGCUUCUUUUUCAAAGCUGCCAAAGCAGCUAGAGAAGGGACGAGAAUGCAACUUCACGAAAACCUCUACAAGGUCCAUGGCAAUACAUUCAAACAAAGAAUCCCCAGCAAUGAGAUCGUGUUCACCAUCGACCCCGAGAAUGUAAAGGCCAUCCUGACCUCUCAAUUCCACGACUUUGGCUUGGGCCAUCGUGCCAAAACAUUUUGGCCGUUACUAGGCGAUGGGAUUUUCAAUGCAGAUGGCCACUUGUGGUCGCAUGCCCGAACUUUGCUGCGACCUCAAUUCACCAAGGAUCAGGUUGCCGACUUACAACUAAUGGAUGAGCAUAUCGCAGACUUCAUGACGAAGAUCCCCAGAGACAAAUCACUAUUCGAUAUCCAGCCCCUGUUCUUCUCCUUUACCAACGACUCGUCCACUCAUUUCCUAUUCGGCGAGUCUCUUGCGCACUCAAAGAAUUUGUCCGGCACCACUGACGCGGCCCAGUUUGGUCGCGCAUUUGACAAGUCCUUAGAAUGGCUAAGUCGGCGAGUGACUGCUCAAAGUCUGAGCUUCCUCGUCGACCAGAACGAUGAAUACACCUCUGCAUGCAAAUACGUACACGAUAUCGCGGAUCGCUAUGUCCGCCUAGCUCUCGAGUCACGUAAUCAAGAGAAGAAAUCCGAUCGAUACGUUUUCCUGCAGGCCCUUGCCAACGAUACUCAGGACCCUAAAGUGCUGAGAGACAAUAUUCUCAAUUUGUUGAUUGCCGGCCGCGAUACUACCGCCAGUCUGCUGAGUUCGGUCCUGUUCUAUCUAUCUCACGCCCCCGCUGUGUGGCAGCGACUGCAUCGUGAGAUUAUCGACGAGUAUGGCGACGCUGGUAACCCAACUGGCGAGAUUACACAUGCUAAAAUCAAGAAUAUGCGGUACUUGCGCUAUGUUCUGAACGAAGCCCUACGUCUCAUGCCUCCAGUGCCCAUCAACAGCCGCAUGGCAGUUCAUGAUACCUCGCUCCCUCGCGGCGGGGGCCCAGACGGCAAAUCACCCAUCUUCGUCAAGAAAGGAACCGUAAUCCCUUUCAGUCUGUACAGCAUGCACAGACGUACUGAUAUCUGGGGCCCUGAUGCCGAAGAAUUCAGACCUGAGCGAUGGGAAGAAAACAGCACCUCGCGCAUAUGGGAAUAUAUUCCAUUCAAUGGCGGGCCACGCAUAUGUCUUGGUCAACAAUACGCCCUUAUUGAAGCAAGCUAUAUGCUCAUCCGUCUAGCGCAGAAUUUCGACACGCUGGAGAAUGACGGCGGUAGUCCGGUUCCCGAUGCGAAGAUGGACUUGACACUGACGCACCGAAAUGGGGUGCAUGUACGGCUCUAUUCAAAGGGUGCACAGUAA